ACUUCCGGCCGGGUGUCUUCCUUACUUCCGGGUGAGGGAGCGGCAGCGGCCCGGAGCUCGGCCUGCGGCAGAUCAGUUGCUGAUUUUCGCUAUUGAUUUUGAAGAUUUGAAAAAGCGAACUUGGCCAGAUAUUCUUCUGGAAAACUAAUGCCAUUCAAUAAAUCUACAACUGUGAACUCAUUGUACAUUCUGUGGUUUUUCAGUCAGCUUUCAAGAUUUGCCACAAAUUAAAUGAAAGAAGAAUUCCACCCAGCUUUCCCCAGUUUCCCAUGAAGCCAACCUAUUGCUUUUUCACUUUGAUAGUGAAUGCUGUUUUCUCAGUUGCUUUUGCCGUGGAAAAUGAAGUCCAUAACAGGACAGAUGCCCUGGAGACACCGUACCAUUCUCCCAACAGAUCAUUGUUUGUGGGCCUUGAGGUCUCAGCAAGUUCUCAGUCCAGUGACGUUAUCAUAGCCAAAGAAGGUACUUGUGCUGUCAUGGAAUGUCUUCUCACGGUCAACCAAUAUAAAGACAUUCAGUGGUACAAUUCAAAAGGGCAGCAUCUCGAUCAGGAAGGACAUGGAGGAAAAUGGCUGAUCUCCAAUAACACCCUGAACAUCACCGGCAUUACCUUUGAUGACCGUGGGCUUUACACAUGUUUAGUCACUACUCCGACUCACGCCUCUUACUCUGUCACCCUCCGAGUGAUCUUCACCUCAGGAGACAUGAGCAUCUACUAUAUGAUUGUUUGCUUGAUUGCCUUCACCAUCACCCUCAUCUUGAAUAUUACCCGACUGUGCAUGAUGAGCAGUCACCUCCGCAAAACAGAGAAGGCCAUCAACGAGUUCUUCAGGACAGAAGGUGCCGAGAAGCUCCAGAAGGCCUUUGAGAUCGCCAAACGCAUUCCCAUCAUCACAUCAGCCAAAACCCUAGAGUUGGCCAAAGUAACCCAAUUCAAGACGAUGGAGUUUGCCCGGUACAUCGAGGAGCUGGCAAGAAGCGUUCCUCUCCCACCCCUCAUCCUCAACUGCAGGGCAUUUGUGGAAGAGAUGUUUGAGGCGGUGCGCGUGGAUGAUCCUGACCAGUUGGGAGAGAGGAUUAAAGAAAGACCCGCCCUCGGGGCCCAGAACGGUAUCUAUGUCAUCAAUCCAGAGAUUGGGCGAAGUAAUUCACCCGGAGGAGAUUCAGAUGAUGGUUCCCUGAACGAGCAUGGCCAAGAGAUAGCCGUUCAGGUCUCGGUCCACCUUCAGUCAGAAACUCAGAACAUCGACACAGAUUCCCAGGAUAGCUGCCUCCUCAGUCCUUCCGAAGACGUUGCAUCUGCUGAACUCAGUUCAGUCCGCAGAGAUGGGGCAAAUGAAAUUUGUGUCUGAUCCAUUCUGUCUCUAGGUAAAGUUUUCUUAGAUAAUUCAACGGUCUUUAGCAGAAAAUAAAAUUUGUGGAGCAAAAACACUGAUUUUUUUUUUUUGGCCCUUAGUGGAAGAUCAGGACAUAAAUUGCUCGAACUACCAGGGUGAGGGGCAGUUUUUUCUUAUUUUAAUUAUCUUAGUUUUGUUCAAGUUGUAAGCAUCAACUUUAUCCAGUCGAAAUCUUGAACACAUUCCGAUAAAGUAUCAAACCUCAAACAGUGGAUCUUUUGGUCCUUGAAGGGAAGGGGCAUAAAUGGCAUAAAUUAAGACUUUGUCCUGUCCUGGGAUUUAGCCCCCACCCCCACCCCCCCCACCCCCGGCCCACACCCGUUAUCUUGUAGCCCAGAGGUGUGGGGGCCUUUUUUCAGCCAUUUUGUCAUGUGGAUAGCUCAACUAUGUGCAGGGCUUUCUGAGACUCUUCUGUAUUUUUGGUCUUUAUAUUCUUCUAAAAACAUAAUGGGCCUAGUUCUCUAUAAAAGAAUUUCUUCAUAUAAGAAAACUCCCCACUCUGGGAUGUGGUAAAGGCCUUUAGUUCUCAUCUGUACCAUUUAGUUCACUGAAGUAAUAAUUUAUUAAAUGGUACCCGUAAAUUGAUAAUUUUUUCCUAGGGAAUGGUUUUUACACUAUCUCUAGAAUAAGAAGCAACAGUGUUACAUUAUUAAGUAUCAAAUCAGAUUGUUGAUCAGAUAAAUUACCUGGGCUUCUAUUGUUUUCAAGUUUGGCAAAACACACUGCUAUAAACCAUGCUCUCUCAAAAUGGCUGUGGUGUGUCUUUGAUGUAUGUGAUCUCUUAACAGUUUUAACUCCACAGGAAACCUCCAGCUUUCUGUAAUUUAAAUGUGGUGCUGAAGUCAGUGCCUGCUUACUCUAUUUUUGACUUUGGGAGAGAGUAAGUCAGGGCUGCAUGGGGUCUGGGGAGGGGGUUAUGGGGGAGGCGGCAGGGCAGCCUUUGGAAAAUCCAAGUGUUUGUUCAGUGUGCUUGGCAGAAGAGUGGGAAGGGUUAAAUGAAAAGAGAUAAUGGCAAUCAUUAUUUUUGUGGGUGAAAAUAGUAUACAAAUCUGACUCAGAGUUGUCUCAAAAGGAAGAAAAAGCAUGAUUUUUGUAAUUUGGUGUUGAUGGCUGAAUCGUUUGAAAGAAUGGUUCAAACAGCAUUUCGUCUCCAGUUGACAUCUUGGUAAAUCCCGUAGACAUUAUGAAGAUUACUUUCUUUCGGUACCGGUAGUAUAGUGCCGUACAACUAUAGCAACUUGGCAGCAGGCACACUUUUUAGGACUUCACAAUCCUGUUGUUUGACUUCUUAUUGAGACGUAACCUGAAGUAGUAAAUCCUAUUAUGUUCAAAAGAAGACUUCAACGAGAUUUAAUAUAAAGGUUCAGAUGGUGGGGGGGAGGAAUGCGAAGGAUUACCAGAUAAAGUUUGAUGGAUUCUUAUGUCCUGGAUUAUCUGUAUUAACAUGUCCAUCUUCAGUGGUACAAUUGAAUUGGGCCAUGCCUGUGUCUGAUGGCAUUAAAGGUAAAAUAGGUGGGAUCAGUGAGAGGCAGUCACUCUGGCUUGGUUCUGAGGAAACCUGAACCAAACAAAAGCUAGGGAAAAAUAGCCAAAGGUGGCUUUUGGUUUACAGGGCCAUGAGGAAAGUUUUAAAAAUUCCAAGAUUCUAGAACACCUUUGCUGCUUUGGGGACACUUCCUUUUAGAAGAGAAAGAUUUCUGGGCUCCAACAUCCCCACCCUCUCACCUCUCCAGAAAUUGGCUUUAGUCAAGAAAAACUGGGAUUUUAUCAUUUCAGAAUUCACAGUUUGAUAACAUUACCUGAAAUUGUUUUAACGUAAGCAUUUUAACAGUUAGGGAAGUGUUUAAAUAGGGAAGGGCAGAAGGUUAAUGUAGCCCAUGGGAAUUUGAAGUUUUACUUUUAAUAUUGAGGUUUUUUAAGGGUUUUUUUUCUAUAUUGUACAGUCAAAUAUGUUAAAAUGAAAUAGUCCAUACUAAAGUAUAUACUGGACAGCUAGAUGUUGAGGAGUAUAAGGAUGACAGUAUUUUGAAGCACAGGAGAUUGAUUUAUUAAUAAGUGGUUGAGUGGUGAUGCUGUUAGUAACCUAUAGAAACAGAUAACCAUUUAGCUAGAAUUAGUCCAUAGGACUGUUUUCAGGAAGAAAUUCUUCUCAUUAAUAUUCUUAGUAUCUAUGUAAAUAUUGUUUCACAUUAGCCCUACUUGAACUUUUGGAACAUUUCUAAUCUCCUAAAGUUAAACUACAGUUUUCAGACAAUCACUCUGCUCGUCUUUAUACCCUUGUCUGAUUUUUUUUUUAUUGACUAUAAAAUGCUACAUGUUACCAACAUCAUAUCUUUCAAAGUAUUUGUCAUGGUUUUUGUAUAUUCUGUAUUGCAUUUUGACUUUUCUGACUGGAAGACUGCACAUAUGAAAUGACCUGGUAGAUUUUCAGAAUAAAUUCUCAGAAAAAA